CAGAAAUGGACGGGAUAAAGAUUCCGUCACGUCCCCGUCGUCCGGCACCACCCAGAGCUUGUCCCUCUCGCGUGUUGCUUCCUCGGUUCCUCCCCAGCUCAAACUUCCAAGAACCCGUGAAGUGAAGUGAGGAGGUCGGCGGAACCGGAACCCAGGCGAUACGAGAUGAUCGCAAACGGCCUCCGCAAAUCCAGUGCUGCCUCCUCCCAGGCCUAGCGGUGUCCACGAACUUAAAAGGCCUAGCGGUCAGAAAUGAGCUGUAGAUAACGUUUUUAGUUAGAUUAAUGGCAGAGAGAGAAAGAGAGAGAAUGAAGGACUUCUUGUUUUUUUUCUUCUUCGAGCGUCGAGCCGAGCAGCCGACAGAGCAGAGUUGAGCAGCUCGUGUGGACUCAAUCUUUUGUGCUGAUGUUAGCAAGCUGGUGAAAUACAUUGCUAGUGCUGGAAGCUUGCAAGGGGGGCACAGUUUAUCAGAGCCGUCUGCCAGACAUUACAGCUCUGAACCUUCACUUCAGGCGACAGAAGAAAAUGGGUUUAAGGGGCACAGCAUGCUGGCUCCAUUCACAGCGGGAUGGCAGAGCACUGAUGUACACCCAUUGGUUAUAGAGAGAUCAGAGGGUUCUUAUGUCUAUGACAGCAAUGGGAAGAAGUAUAUUGAUGCUCUUGCAGGACUGUGGUGCACAGCUUUAGGUGGUAAUGAGCCUCGACUAGUCAAAGCGGCAACUGAGCAAUUAAACAAAUUACCGUUCUACCAUUCCUUUUGGAACCGUACAACCAAACCCUCAUUGGAUCUCGCAAAUGAUAUUCUCAGCAUGUUCACCGCAAGGGAGAUGGGAAAGGUGUUCUUCACAAAUAGUGGUUCAGAAGCAAAUGACUCCCAGGUUAAACUAGUGUGGUAUUAUAAUAAUGCACUGGGAAGGCCAGACAAGAAGAAAUUUAUUGCUCGCUCAAAAUCGUACCAUGGAUCAACCUUGAUUGCAGCUAGUCUAUCAGGUCUGCCAGCGCUUCAUCAGAAGUUUGAUCUACCAGCACCUUUUGUCCUGCACACAGACUGCCCUCACUACUGGCGAUUCCGUCUUCCUGAUGAGACAGAAGAAGAGUUUUCAACUAGACUUGCCAAUAAUUUGGAGAAUCUUGUCCUCAAAGAAGGACCUGAAACAAUUGCUGCUUUCAUUGCUGAACCUGUGAUGGGCGCUGGUGGUGUUAUCCUUCCUCCAAAGACCUAUUUUGAGAAGAUUCAGGCAGUUCUGAAGAAGUAUGACAUCUUGUUAAUUGCGGAUGAGGUCAUUACUGCAUUUGGAAGACUAGGGACAAUGUUUGGAUGUGAUAUGUAUAAUAUUAAACCAGAUCUUGUUUCCAUAGCCAAGGCUCUUUCUUCUGCAUAUAUGCCAAUUGGAGCAAUUCUCGUUAGCCCAGAAAUAACGGAUGUAAUCUAUUCUCAGAGCAAUAAACUUGGUUCUUUUGCUCAUGGCUUUACAUACUCGGGACAUCCUGUUUCUUGUGCCGUUGCUGUAGAAACCUUGAAGAUAUAUAAGGAAAGGAAUAUUGUAGAACACGUCAACAAAAUUGCUCCAAGGUUCCAGGAGGGAAUCAAGGCCUUCUCAGGCAGCCCAAUUGUUGGGGAGAUACGCGGUCUGGGACUGAUACUUGGAACUGAAUUUGUCGACAACAAAUCUCCAAAUGAUCCAUUUCCAGCUGAAUGGGGUGUUGGUUCGAUAUUUGGCGCGGAGUGCGAGAAGCGUGGGAUGCUCAUCAGGGUGGCUGGGGACAGCAUCAUGCUGUCACCCCCGCUGAUCAUGACUCCCAAUGAAGUCGAAGAAAUCAUAAGCAAAUUCGGCGAUGCUCUGAAGGCUACAGAGGAACGGAUUGUAGAACUGAAAUCCAGGAAGAAUUAGCCGAUGCUGCUGGUUGUAACGACAGUGAGGAUGGUGAUGGCAGUGUCCAAUAUACAGUGUAUUUUCAAACUUUAUUUCAGUAAAGUGCUGGGCUGGAAUCUUGUAGUCGGUUGCAUAGCGACAGUUGUUCCUUGUUAUGGAGCAAUAAGUAAUGCAUCUGCUUAAUCAGAGUAGCAUACCCUUGGGUU